GGGAAAACUUUUUUUUUUAUAUAUAUAUAUUUUUUCUAUUUUCAUUAUUGUGAGUGAUCAAUGGGUUGUAUGGUGAUUAUUGUUCCUGAUAUGUGCAUGCAUGUCUUGAGUAUUUUUAGAAGUUUGGUUUUUUGUUUGUCUUUCUAGUUUAAUUUUCUUUUUUCUUUUCUUCAACAAUUCCUAGAUUUUGUUCCUGUGUAUGUCUCAAAAUUUCUUCUUUCAUCUUUCACUACCCGUGAAUGAGUUUUUUCUUUGUCUGUUCCUAUGUUUUUUUUCUUCAAAGAGAUCUUACAUGGUUCUUUUGUUAUUAUUAUUAUUAUUUUUUGUCUAUUUGUUGUUCAAAAGCUGUCACUAGCAAAUAAAGUCUUCACACUUUUAUCAGAAUCUCUCUCUUUCUCUAUUUCUUGUUGCUAUGCUUGUUAUGGUUACUUAAUGAGUUUUCAAAAUAUUUUUUAUCACUUUGCAUUUGGAUUUCUAACUUUUUUUUAUAAAUUUUAUAAUUCUCAAAGUUUUAGCAUAUAAGAUCUGGCAGUUUGUAGCAUGUUUAAAAAUUUUAAUUUCUAUCAGAAUUGAGUGGAUGUUCAUAACCAGUGAUCUGCUUCACCCAACAGUGACCUGAGAAGCGAUGCCAAACCAGCUAUGGUUUGCACUGCAAAUGACUUGCAAGGAUGGAAAGAUUUCCCAAAGGGCCUUAGGGUUCUUGUUGUGGAUGGAGAUAGCAAUUCUGCUGCUGAGAUGAGAUCAAAGCUUGAGGCAAUGGAUUAUGUUGUUUUCACAUUCUGCAAUGUGACGGAGGCACUGUCAGCGUUUUCAAGCAAACCAGAAAGUUUCCAUGUUGCUAUUGCAGAGGUGAAUACAAGCGAUGUAGAUGAGAGUUUCAAGUUCCUUGAAAAUGCAAAGGACUUGCCAACCAUUAUGACGUCGAACAUUCAUUGCCUAAACACCAUGAUGAAGUGCAUUGCACUGGGUGCAGUUGAAUUCUUAAGGAAACCACUCUCUGAUGAAAAGCUUAGGAAUAUUUGGCAGCAUGUGGUUCAUAAGGCAUUCAAUGCAGGAGGGGGUCUCCUCUCCAAACCCGACAAGCAUGUCAAAGAAUCCAUAGUAUCUACGCUGCAGCUCAAAUUGGAAAAGGAUGGAGAACCCAAUGAUAAAAUCUCAAUGGAGAACGAGAAUGUGGAUGAGAUUCAAGAAAAUGAUCCUGAGCAAUCACCUGGGAGUGAUAAGUAUCCUGCUCCUUCUACCCCACAACUAAAACAAGGAACAAGAUUAUUGGAUGAUGGGGAUUGCCAAGACCAAACCAACUGCUCAACUGAGAAAGAGAAUGGGGAGCAAGAUAGUGAAUCUAAAUCUGUCGAAACAACAUGUUGCAACACAAUUGUUGAAGGUGCUCUUUCAACGGGUCAACCUCAGAUGCAAGAAAACACUACAGUCAAAGAGGAAGAGGACUCUGCUGAUGGUUCUAAGAAUGAGAAUGAUAUGCUUUCUCACCCACAUAACGAUGGCAGCUUCAACAAUAUUAGCAGCGGUGCUGAAAUUCCAAGAAAAGCAUCUGGACUUAAUAAUUUAUGUGGGUCUAAAUCUAAUCGGAAGAAGAUUAAGGUAGACUGGACGCCUGAACUGCACAAGAAAUUUGUCCAGGCAGUGGAACAACUAGGUGUGGAUCAAGCCAUUCCUUCUCGAAUACUUGAGCUGAUGAAAGUUGAAGGUUUGACAAGGCAUAAUGUGGCUAGCCAUCUCCAGAAAUAUCGAAUGCACAAGAGACACAUCUUGCCAAAGGAAGAAGACCGGAGAUGGCCACAUCAUAGAGAUCCCAUGCAACGAAACUAUUAUCCCCACAAACCAAUCAUGGCCUUUCCACCAUAUCAUUCCAGUCAUGCACUAGCAAUGCCGCCCAUCUAUCCUAUGUGGGGGCAACCUGGUGGCCAUCCUGCCAGUGUCCAAAUGUGGCAGACACCACCACCAAAUUAUAAUCCUUGGCAACCAACAGAAAGUUGGCAUUGGAAACCUUAUACAGGGAUGCAUGCUGAUGCAUGGGGUUGCCCUGUAAUGCCACCUCAUGGUCCAUACCCUUCUUACCCUCAAACAGCAGCAGCAGGAUAUCCCAAUGCUGGUGUAGUUGAUAAUAUCGGCUUGAGCAUGCCACAGAAUUCUUUCGAGCUUCAUCCGGCAGAGGAGGUGAUUGACAAAGUGGUGAAGGAGGCAAUAAGCAAGCCAUGGCUACCACUCCCUUUAGGCCUUAAGCCGCCAUCAACUGAUGGUGUAUUGGCUGAGCUCUCUAAACAAGGGAUCUGCAGAAUCCCACCUCAGAUCAACGGCUCUAAUUCCUUCUGACAUGGCAGUAGGUCCCAUGUGACUUUGAACGGUCCUGGAUCACAAAGAAUAGUUGGUCUCUCACCCAAUCAAGUUCCAUGAUCUUGUUAGCAAAAUUAAAUUUUAUUUUUUUGGUCUUUUCUCUUUUUCUUCACUUUUUUGUUUUUGUUUUUGUUUUUUUUUUUUUUUUUUUUUUUGACUUGUAAGCAAGUGUCAGGGCUUUGAUUGAUUGAGGACCAGCUAUCUUUUGUAUUCUCAGUACCACCUGAUCUUGCGAGUUGCCCCACCAACCAAACAAAAGACAAAAGCCCAUCAAAGAAAAAACAAAAGCAUAAAUAAAAAUAGAAGUGACUUUAGAUUUAUCUUGAAGCUGGGAUGAGAUGGAAGGCUGAGAAUGUGCCACGGAUAAGAAUUUCGAAAAUCAUGGUUGUAUAUAAAUAAAUGAAUCCUAACAUGGAGUGGGUCCCCAGGCUUUUGAAAGGUCAGUGAUGGGAGAUGCUAUUUAAUGGUGUGGUUGAGUUGGUCCUACUUGGGUGGAUGUGUCUAAUAAUGCCAAAGGAGGUGGAAGAGGGAUGUUGAUAUGCCACGUGAGAGUUGUGAAUAAAAAAAAUAUUGACUCAGAAAAAAAAAAAAAAAAAAACUUUAGUGGAUGUUGACAUGUUUAUCUUUUUGAAUAAAUUAUUAUUUUUCUUAUA